UAUGGCGGAGCGGUCUCGGAGUGGCGGACAACACAGGCAGUUUUGUAAAAUUAUACUGAAUUUGUCACAUAUGGAUACUAUGUAGUCUGCAGCAUAUAAAUAAGUUACUAUUCAAGGUUACUGCAGAUCAAAAUGGAUGAUAUUUCCAUCAAGAAACGUGAAAUAGAGGAGAAAUUAGCCCAGGAGAAACUGACGUUGUCGUUUUUGAAGGAGAGUUUAGUAAAGAAUGAUCAAAUAACUCACAACAUGCUCAACAUUCUUUCAUCCUUUGAAAGUCGUAUUCACAAACUGGAAGAAACUAUUGUUCCUGUUCAUAAAGAGACUGUAGAUUUGCAGAGAAAGCAGGGCAAUAUUGAUAAAUCACUGUCUGCACUUGAUCAUGUGAUUAGCUAUCAUCAUGUGUACUCAAAUACCGAGUAUGUCAUAAGAGAGGCACCCACUGGUAAYCUAGAUGCUUACAUUAUGAACCUAGAAAGAGUGAUUGAUGCCAUUGAAUUCUUUACACAAAAUAAUCCCAACUGCUUAGAGAUGACACAUUUGAUAUCCCUGAGAGACUUUGGUCGUGAGUCACUAGAAAAAGAGUUUAGAAUGCUGUUGAAUAGACACAGUAAACCAGUCCCAGGGAAUAUCAUCCUAGAUUGUGUUGGUAUGGAGGAAGGUACUUUAGGAGAGGAGCUCAAUGUAGAUCACUUGUCAGAGAAAGUGAUUGAAGACCUUAGCACCAUCUCUCAUUGGCUGGUUGGUCCUGGCAAGAGCAAAUCUUUAGACUUUAUCAGUGUUUAUGCACAGAUUAGAUCCAAUGCCCUGGUACGCUCAAUGCAAGGGUAAGUUGCAAGAAAUGUUUACAAAACAAAAAGUGUUAGCACUCCUACAAGAAAAGGCACAAACAAAAAGAAAGAUUUGAGAAGAGUUCCUUCAAAACCUAUAGAAUUUGUUGGUAGCCUCAUUGAAGAUGCACUAAAUAAAUUCAUAGCUGAAGGAGAUACAAUUGUUAGUACUCUGAAGAGGUUUAUAACCAAACAUAACUACUCUUCUGUCAUGCAAGCUUUUCCAAUCCUGAAACAUUUCCGUUUCAUCCAGCCUUUAUAUGAUGAUGUACUCCAGAACACAAGCUCCAAGACAAGACAGCAGUUUCCCACUUUGAUUUGGAAUUUAGAACUUACGGUAUCGAGAGGACUUGAAGAAUUUGCAGAUGGUAUAAAGCAUGGACCUGACAAGCAUUCCAACAUGCCUAAAGAUGGAACUGUUCAUGAAUUAACAAGAAAUACGUUAAUCUUCAUGGACCAGCUUCUGCCGUAUGUAGAGACGGUGGGUAACGUAUUGGCAACACAGCAGGAAGAUCAAAUGGGUGGGGUUAUCUACAGAGAUGAGGGUCAAUUAACAAGAAUUACAGCAGAAUACGUCCAACGUGUUCUUGGAUCACUAGGACUCAACUUACAGCUGAAAGCCAAAUUCUAUGAAUCAAUGACACUUUCAGCACUAUUUCUCCUCAAUAACCAUCACUACAUUCUGAAAACUCUUCAAAGGUCAGGACUUACAGCACUCCUCAAAGAUGGGGAAAUCAAUGACAUUGAAGGAAAAUAUCAAAAUCUGAUUGAGGAGCAGAAGAAUAUGUAUGAAAAAUGUUGGACAAAGGUUCUUAACUACCUCCUUGAGAUGGACAAACCAGGAGCUUCUCCUAAAUCUACUGAUGGUGGAGCUAAGUUGAAGGACAAACAAAGGCAGACAAUUAAAGACAAAUUCAAGGGUUUUAAUACAGAGUUUGAUGAAAUAUAUCAGUUACAGAAAACRUUUGCUGUCCCUGAUGAACAAUUGAGAGAAGAAAUUCGCAAAAAGAAUAUUGACCUGAUUGUGCCACUUUAUACAACUUUCAGAGAAAAGUAUGAAGGUGUCCAGUUUACCAAGAACCCAGAGAAGUAUGUCAAGUAUUCUCCUGAAGAAGUGGAGAACUUAAUGAAGAAGUUUUUUGAUGUGUCUGCUUAAAAUUGUAUAUCAAAUAAUUAUUGCCACAUAUACAUUCAAUUAAGCCUUCUUCACACUUAACAUGUGAAAACAUAAGAUAAUAGAAUAAUUUUYUAAACAAUAAUUAUAUAUUCAAAAUGGUUACAGUUAUCUUAAUUUACUAGGAUAAUCAUAAAUAAAAAUAUAUAAACUAGUUGGAAAAAAAUAAAUAAAUAAACUAGUUGCAGUGUUUCUUCUACACUUGCCACAAUUUAAACUCUUUUUGGAGAMUUGUGGUUCUGGACUAAUGGCCUCAUUUUAAGACCAUUGGGCCAUUUUAAGGCCAUUGUGUGGAACUAAAAGCUCUCCCCAAUGGGAAGAGUGAGUAUAAGGGCUAUAAUAUCCAGGACUAAUCUCACAAAAUUCUUUUGUGCUAAUCAAGUUGAUGCUAUUUUUUUUCUUCCUAUGCUAGAAGGGGUUGAUACAUCUUAAAAACUAAAGAGUACUUACUAACUAAUAAGCACUAUUAGUUCCUAAUAGUCAUUAGCACUGAACCAGAACAGUUUAUUUGAUCCAAUAAGCAAUACCUAAGAGACCACUACAUAGCUGUCAACCCUCCCGGGAUUCUCCAGAAUUUGAACCUCGUCUCCCAGUCUCCCAGAUAAAGGUUGAAAUCUCCCGGAUAAUCRUCAAACUUGUAACAAUAUGGUAAUGUAUUAAUGUAAGACGUACCCAAGAUAUGACCGCUUAUAAUAAAAAAAGCUAUUUUUUUGAAUAAUGAGCUUAUACCUAUAAGUACGUAUAAUUUUUUUUGUCAGAUCGAAAUGUAGCUUUGCUUCUUGUACAUACAGCCCCCCCCCCCUUUGUACUUAGGGGUAGUCCAUCACAGGAAGCCCAAAUCAUGAUUUCACAAACCUCCAGAAUUGAAAAGUUUGGGGGUUGACAGCUAUGCCACUAUAAAAGUGAAAGUAAUCUCUUUGUACUGUUCUGGUUCAUUGAGUGUCUAAAUAGUGCCUAUUAGUUACUAAGUAUUUAGUUUAUAUAUUUCAUGGUUCAAGUGACUCUGCUCUAACAGGUCUGGUUUCUAUUCUUAGUGUUAUGGUAAUUCUUCAAAUCCAUGCAGAUCAUUGCACUCAUAUACCAUAGAGUCACCUUUGAUUUAUUUACAGAGGAGAAWAUUACUUUGAAUGAAAACAUAAAACAAUUGCCCUACUUUA